AUGUCUUUUAUAUCUCACCUUAGUAUAACGGGGAUUAGAUCAUUUGGAUCAGACCAUCCUGAAACCAUUGAGUUUAAAUCUCCUUUGACAUUGAUUUGGGGUGUUAAUGGUAGUGGUAAAACAACUAUUAUUGAAUGUUUGAAGUAUGCCACAACAGGAAUAUUACCACCAAAUUCUAAAGGUGGAGCAUUCAUAAAUGAUCCUGUUCUACAAGGUAAACCUUCGACAAAUGCUCAAGUUAAGAUUGGGUUCAAAUCAGUAGCAGGUGAAGCUAUGGUGGGCACGAGGACUAUGAAAUUAGAUGUCAAGAAUGGGAAACAUACUUUCAAAACCAUUGAAGCUCAAUUAGGUAAGAUUAAAGAUGGGAAAAAGACUAAUGUAAGUGGUAAAGGUUUUGAUUAUGACACAGAAGUAGCUUCAAGUUUAGGCGUAUCGAAGGCCAUCUUAGAUAAUGUGAUAUUCUGUCACCAAGAUGAAAGUUAUUGGCCAUUGAGCGAAGCUAGUGUUUUAAAGAAGAAAUUUGAUGAAAUAUUUCAAGCUUCACAGUUCACAAAAGUAUUGGAGACUUUGAAAAAUAUCAACAAAGAGGUAAUUUCUGAUAGUAAAUUGAUUCAAAAAUCAGUGGAAUAUUUAUCUAACGAUAAAAAAAGGGCUGAUUUGUUAAGGAAAGAAUCACUAGAAUUAUCUGACAAUGUGAAAGAUUUAGAAAAUCAAAGGAAGAAAAUCAAAUAUGAAAGAGUGGAGGCUGAAGAAUCUUUGAAUGAAAUCUUCAAAACCAAUCAAGAGUUCCAAGCAAUUUUGAGUAAAUUCGAUCAAUUGAGCUACACCAAGCAAACUUUGAGUCAACAAUGUGAAAGAUUGGAAAGCUCUAUUGAAAUAUACCCUGACUCUUUGGAGGAAUUGAUGACAAAACUUAAUAAUUUUAGUGACACUUUGGAUGAAUACAACGAAGAGAUUGCUAAAUUGAACAAUUCUAAUAAGAGUUUAACUAAUGAGAUAACUAACAAGAGAAGUCAUUUGAAUGAAUUGAGUAAAUUAGAAGGAUCUUUGAAUGCAAAGAAGCAAGAGUAUGAAAACAAUCUUUCGAAAUUUGAAGAAGUUACCGGUCAAGAUUUGAUGACUAUAGAUAAAUCAUCGUUCAAAUCUGAACUUGAAAAUACUGUUACCACAACCGAAAUCAAUUUAAAUUACCAUAGAAAAGAAUCUGCCCGUCAGAAAUCUGAACGUAUGAAAAUAGUUGAUUCCUUAACAGAAUUAUUGAGUAAUCAGAAUAAUCUCAAACAAAUCAGACUUGAUAUGAAGAUCGAGUUGACACAAAAAAUCAAACAGCUUAAAGAAAAGAUUAAUAAGUCCGACUCCAAUGAGGAAACUUUGGAGUUUGAACAAAAUGAAUUAAAAUCGUUGCAGAAGAAAUACAAUGAGUCCAAUAUUUCUGAUUUCGUGGGGAAAUUAGAUAAAGAUGUGAAACAGAACUCUGAAAAGCUCACAAACUUGGAAGACGAGGUUGACCAGCUCAAUAAGACCAUUCAAGAAUACAAUAAUCAGAAGGAAGUCAUGGUCAGAAUCAACUACUUGAGAGAAGCCACCGAACAAAAGGAGGCUAGUGUUUCCUCAAAUUUGAGUAAGGUCAGUAAAAUAAUUCCUGUAAAUAGAGAUAACUUCCAAAACACUUUUCACGAAGAGUUCAACUUGGUAAACACUGAGUAUCAGAAGCACAAGAAAAUCCAUGAUUCCAAUGUUAAUGAGAAGAAUUCCUUGGAAGCACAGUUGACUAAUCAAAAGUCAUUAAAGAAAGAUUUAGAAAAUCUGUUUAAUGUCCUCGAAACCAAAAUUUUGAAAGUCGUACCCAAGAGUGAAAUUGAAGAAUAUGACAUCACUAUAGAAGAUUUAGAAUUCAAUUAUCAUGAUGCUUUGGACUCUUAUAAUACCUACGAAGCUUCCAAGCAAUUCAAAAUCAAAGCCAUUGAAAUUGGGAAGAAAUCACAUAAUUGUUUUAUGUGCCAAAGGACUUUCGACCAACCUUCUUUGAGUAAAUUUGUCACAGCAUUGGAAGCAGAUAUUUCUAAGUCUACAGAUGAGUAUAAAAAAAGUCUUGAUGCUUCCAAGAAAGAACUAGAUAGUUAUAAAUCGGUAUCGGGAGAUAUUGUUAGAUACAAAACUCUCGGCAUAGAACUCAAACAGGUUGACUUGAAAAUAGAAGAUAUAAAAAGCAGAUUUCAAAAAGUCAACGAAUCAGUUAUUGAAAGUGAUCUCAACUUUCAAGAAUCUAGAGAUAGAUUAGAUGAGUUUGAAAGCUCGAAAUAUUUAAUUACAGAAAUCCAGAAAGAUUUGAAUCAAAUAAGUACCAAUAGCCAAAGAAUUGAACUGUUGACUAAAGAAAUUGGUGGUAAUCCUAUAACUGAGUCUAUUGAUGAAUUGAAUAAGUUACAGAACGAUAAAAGUCUGGAGUUGAAGAACUUAAGAAAUCAAAUCUCGAAAGAUAAAGAAUUGAAAUAUUCUAAAGAGAGAGAACUUUCAAAAUUAGAAGGUGCUAUAAAAGACAAGGAGAUCAAAAUCAAGAAUAUUGAAAGUGGAUUAAGUGAUAUAAAACAAUACCAAACUAUGAUAGACGAGUAUCAGAAACAAGUCGCUGAAGUAAAUGAUCAAAUCUCGGAGAUUACCAAUAAGUUAACUAAAGUAUCGGAAGACAAAGAAUCUGAGGAACAGAUCAAUAAAGAUUUAUUUAAGAAAUUGGAUACCGACGAAGAAAACUUGACCAAAAGUUAUAACGAUGCCAAGCAAAGAUCUCAAGAGAUCACAGCACUUAUAGAAUCGAUACAGUAUUUUGAAAACCAUGACAAGUCAAGAAUCGAUGGAAAUGUUAAGGACAUCGAACAAGCUAACAUGGACAUUCAAUCUUUGGAAAGUUUAUUGGAUUCUAAUAACGAAGAAUUGAAAUCCUUCGAGAGGAAAGUUAAUGAAUCAUCAAACUUCAAAUCUCUUAUUAGAGAUAACAUUGAUUAUAAGAAUUACACUCAAGAUUUAGCUAAAGUGGAGCAGGAAAUCAAAGAUUUGAAUGUAGGAGAAGCUGAGGAAAUGAAAGAGAAAUAUUUGGAACAAACUGAAGAAUUGAAUUCCGUUAUUGCCAAUUUAAAUGCUGAUGAUGCUGGAAAACUUGGAGAAAUUAGACAAAUUGAUGAACGUAUCAAGUCAUUGAACUCAAAGUUAGAAACUGAUUACAAAGAUGUCGAAACGAAUUAUCAUGAGAACUGGAUUGAUUUACAAACACAUUUAUUGAUUUCUAAUGAUAUAGUGACUUAUUCCAAGUCUAUAGACAACGCCAUCAUGAAAUACCAUAGUUUGAAAAUGACAGAAAUUAAUAAAAUUUUGAAAGAUAGUUGGAUGAGAACCUAUAAAAAUUCCGAUAUUGAUUAUAUUGCCAUUAGAUCGGACCCUAUUAAUCAGACCAAAGGGAAGUCCUAUAAUUAUAGAGUGGUUAUGCAAAAAGGCUUACAAGAGAUUGAUAUGAGAGGGAGAUGCUCCGCAGGUCAGAGAGUUCUUACAAGUAUUUUGAUUAGAUUAGCAUUAGCCGAAUGUUUCGGAUCAAAUUGUGGAAUUAUUGCAUUGGAUGAACCAACCACUAAUUUAGAUACUGCAAAUGCUAGAUCUUUGGCUAUUUCAUUGAAUCAAUUGAUUGAAUCGAGAAAAUCACAAAAGAAUUUCCAAUUGAUUAUCAUCACACAUGAUAUGGAAUUCUUGAGUCACAUGAGGGGUGGUAAUUAUAUCAACAAUUUCUAUCAGAUAUCUAAAGAUGAUAGUUUGUUUUCCAAAAUCAAAUCAUAUCCUAUUGAAGCGUUGGAUGAUUUUUCUCAUGAUUAA